CCGUCCCCGAUUCGUCGAGAAUACGCUGUUCAGCCACCUCUAUUGACGACGGCAUUGAGUGGCUCUCAAUUCCAGGGUCACGGUGCGCUCCUGACUCCCUUGUCUUCGACUUCUCUCUCCAGCCCAUUCACGCUCACGCAGGGCCAGUCGCCCUGCGUUUCAUCACCCGGAAAUACUAGGUCUGCAUCAUCAUCUUCAAUGUCUUCCCGACAAGCGGCGGCAUACAAUGUUCCCUAUAAUCCUCGAGACUGGGGGCCUGCGGGUGGUGCUUCCGCACAGGGUGCAUAUCCUCCUAUGAACAACAUGGUGCGCAUAGUGCCACAGCAGCAUACUCACACAGAGAUGUCAUUAUCACCCCCUCCUCCGCCAUACUCACCUCCAAGCAACCAAAAUCGAAUGCAACCGGAUUCUUACAGGCAACCCAACUACGCAACACCCUCUCCGGCAGCAUCGCCAGCGCAGCAUCAAUUGAGAGAAGCCAACUUCGAAUUGUCGCCGGAUUACCAACGGCGUUCCGCUCCCCGGCCCCGUCCACUGUCAAUGGUUCAAAUGAAUGAUGUCGACUUCCAUCGUCAAUCAUUGCCUCCGCCACCUCCACAAGGAAAUAAUAGAUCAAUCUCUCAUAGUCGGGUCGAAGCGUAUCAAGGUGUUCCCUACAAUUCUGCCGCAUCAAAUCACAUGUCUAGACAGCCAAUCUCAGCUGCUCAGUACGAACAGCCUCAACCUUCGCCAUCAUUCAGGAGCCUUGCUCCAACGGGACCAGUGAGCCAAGAAGACCUAGCAAUACGUCCCCCGGCGUCUCGAAGAGCUGUCUCUGCUGGUGCGGUGGUGAGCAGUGCGGGUUCUUCGCGGUCCACAAGCCAGACUAGAAAUGGGUCUCCGUCGAACAGUGUUUGGGGGCCUGGGAUGCCACUGCCGCCACCACCCCCAGGACCACCGCCGACGGCGAGGUCGGUCAGCGUAAGUGGCUCCUCAGAGUCAUCUGCUAGAACACCGCAGGCUUCCGUUAGGGCCAGAGCUCGAGCACCGCCGAUGUUAGGAACGGGAUUGGGAAGUAUUCCGCCGACGCCGGCCGACUGGGUGGAUGAGGAGUAUAUCAACAAUCGACCAGGCAGGGACAAGGAGCCAUUGCAUAUUGACACCGCAAGAGCUGUUAGAUUGCCGGAGCAGACAGACCACCCAGACUCGAGCGAGUCGGCACACCAGUCUCAACGGACACCUGGUAGUGGUGGUCUUUUCCGUAGCCCGGCAAUCCGCGACUCGAGCGUCAAAGGUAUUCGUGAACGCCGGAUUGAGCGGCGCCACCGACAAAGCCAAAGUAUUGAUAUAUCCAGCGCCGUAUCCUCCAGCGGCAAUCCGUGGUCGGAAGCUCUGGAUCAGAUCAGACCGUCUGACCUCGUUCUCCCGGAGCCGAGUGGAAGCCCAGAUCAGACGCGGCAUCCGAAAUCAUCGUCCAAAUUCACACCGCUAAGCACUCGCAGCCUUGGCUUGGAAGAACAGCACAUUGCGUCGCGGUCUCGAGCAUCCUCCACCGGCCUGUUUUCUGAUCAGUCGUCCCACUCUACUCCCAAACGGGAACCGAGGUCUGCAGGACCAACUGCUGCGUUUGCGGAUACACCUCCAUUUUCACCAGGCGGCGAAGGUUCAUCAUCGUCUUACCAGAAGGCAGCGCCUCAGGCAUUACCUCCAAAAGCCCUACCAACGCCUCCUCUCAAUUCCGCCAAAGAGGCACCACCGCGCUUGCGUGCGCCGUCUCGAGGAGCAGAGGAUCGCCCCGUUUCUCAUAUUCUGCAUUUGCCAAACGAUGCUGUCUCGAUGAUGAUGCCCCUUUCACCUCGUCGGCCUAUCACUCAACAAUCACCGCGCCAGACCUCAUCAUUAGAAUCAAUUAUCAAGCAAGACACUAGCUUUGUGAACGAUGCGUUGGAGCGAUACAAGGUCUACAUCGAGAAAGAAGCUAAUGCCUCAGACGAAGCGGGGGCUCUAAAGAUCUUCACGGAAUUCAUUCUUCUCGAGUCCCAAAUUCGACGGCAGCGGUACGCCAGAGUUUGGGAAUCUGGGCCGAUGAAUAUAGAUGAGGUACGAAGAAAGCUCUUCGAGAUACCGCCGCCUGCGCAACAGCCUCCUACACCAACGCCCGUUUUGGAGAUCCCGCCCAAUCGUGCUGGUCGGCCUGAAUCGGCUUGGUGGAAUAACUACCAACCGUGCUUGUCUCCAAUUGUCAGCAUGAGCAAUGACGAGAUGAGCUCCAGGGGCCGCGCGCCUAGUCGCUGGUGGGAAUCGAAGACUGGUUCUAGCAGCGGCGAAGGAAACGAGAGAAAAAUGCAGAGAUCCAAACGCGAGUCCAAGUACAUGGGCUUGCCUCUCGAGGCUAUGCAGUGGGAUUCGGAAUUGACACCCUCGAAACUAGACGAUGCAGGGGCAAAUUACACGGGCCACAGCAAUGCUGCUUAUGGGCCUGAUGAAUAUCCUCCCGAAAAGGCUGGCUGGCAUGAACAACAACCCGGGAAUUAUAGUGGUCGAUCGAUGGAAAGCCAGAGACUUGAUAUCUCGCGCCUGGUUACUCUCCCUCCGCCCUAUCCACGCCAUCAUCCUGCCGUGAACAAUAACCAUCCAGAUCUUGUCAGUUAUCGAACCACAGUGCGCUCAAUUACCGAUCUCUCAGAAAUCAAGUCCACCAGACAGCGAUACCAGGUCGACGUCGAAAAAAUGAUCCAGGAGCACCAGGACCAAGUCAGGGAUGGCCAUCGCCAGUUCAAGUCAAACAUACAGGGCCAGAUUCAGGCGGGCAGCCUCACAUUUGCAGAGGCUGCAGAGGCUGAGGCGGCUAUGAUUUCCGAAGACAACAAGCGCGAACGUGAACUGGAGAAGCGCCAGCUGGAUACGUAUCAAGAUAUUGUGCUCAACCCGAUGCACACGAUCCUUACGGACCGUAUCGCCCGAGCGACAGCCUGCAUCAACGAGCUCAGCAGCAAACUAUUCGAUGAUGCGCAGCACGAGACCCCCGACCAGACGCAAGGAGAAGGCGACGAAAAGCCCGAGCUCCUGGAGAAACUGACGCAGCUGAAAUGGCUGUUCGAAGCCCGAGAACAGCUCCACCGCGAGGCAUAUGAUCUGGUCAGCGACCGCGAUGAGAAGUACAAGGCUGUUGCGCUACUGCCGUACAAGCAAAACAACAACGAAGAAAAGAUCCGUGAGACGCAAGCGUUUUUCUCUCAAGAUGCCCUCGACCGAAAAGUCGAGUACGAGACCGCGGCCGUUGACCGCUUCGAGUCCUUCCUUGAUACUAUCGAGCAGAACGUCGUGCGCGGCGUGGAAGUGCAGCUCUCUGCAUUCUGGGACAUUGCUCCGUCCCUCGUUGCUCUGGUGCAGCAGGUGCCCGAGCGUCUGGGAGGCUUCCAGGUUCAGAUCCCCACGACCGAGUAUACGGAGAACCCGAGCUACCAUGCCCACCCGCUACAAUACCUCUACUCACUGCUGUCCCAUGCAGAGAAAUCAAGCUACCAAUACAUCGAGUCGCAGACGAAUCUGCUGUGUCUCCUGCACGAGGUGCGUUCGGCUGUCAUGCGAGCGAACCGCAAUCUCGUGGAGGCAGAGCGCAACCAGCAUGGCGAGAAGGCCGAAGAUGUCCAGCGGGAGAUGCAGAAUACUAGUUCGGAGGAAGAACUGACACUCACUACCGACCUCAAGGAUAAAGUUGCUACUGUGGAGGGACAGUGGGCGGAGGCGCUGGGCAGCCAGAUCCAAGGGCUGCGAGAGCGCGUACGGGAGCAAUUGGUGUUGGAGGAUGGAUGGGAGGAUAUGGAGCAGUUGGAGCAGGAGUAG